AAUUUAAGGCUAUAAAUUUGAUGACUACUAAGAUAAAGCCUGAGGGGAUGUGAUUUCGAGCUGAAUGAGCAAUAUUUUCCAACUGCAAGGCCUUGUUAUUUCUAUAUUCAUCGUUUGCUAGCACAAAUAAUCAUUAUAAACAUCAUUACAUUAAAUACAUAAUCUACGAGAAAUUAUACCUGGAUGGUGGAAGUUAUACCUGGACGGUGGAAAUUGAUAGUUGAACACUGGUCGAACCUUUUAAUUAUUUGGCAAUUGCUAUGAUAAUUUAAUGUUUUUGAAGUUUUGAAUAACAAAUAAAGAUCCAACUUUACAAAAAGGGGGCUGAACCUAGACGCUGAAUUAAGAAUUUGAAAAACUCUACCAGAUUAAGAAACCCCAAUGAUACGAUCUCACGAUGAAUGAUAUUUGGCGUAAAAAGUAAAUACUGAUCUGUUGUUUUGAUGAAGGAGCCAUGUUCAUAUGAGAUAACUACACUGUUAGAACUUACGCAAUAUAUUUUUCGUCUGUUUUAAAUGAUUUAAACACCAUGAAGCACUCGUGUCUUAUGACUUUAUAUUAUUUACACUUACAGCUUGAAAGUUUAUCAGAUUUUGACUAUGAUUAUUUGAACCUACUACACGAAUAAACAGUCGCAAUCCUCUGCCCAUCUGCAUUCCUUGGAUAACAGUAGGUGCGUGAUCACUGGAUAUGUCCAUCAAAGUGCAAAAAAAUGACAGGAUAAUUAGAGACAGAAUACGUGAUGUCAAACUAAAAAGGGUCGAAGCAAGCUUGUUUGGAAAGAUCGAAGAGAAAGAAGAAAACCAUGACACCACAAUCAAAGAGUUGCCCAAUUUAACCUUAUCAAAAAAGAAGUCAGACGAAGUACCAGCUAAACCUAUGAGACGACCUUCUAGUGUAAAUAAAUUUUUCAACCAAGACAAACUAAAAAAGGAGGAAGAACGCUUGUCUGCAAAGUUCGAAGAUAAAUUAGAAAACCAUGACACCACAAUUAAACUUAAAGAGUUACCGCUUUCAACCUUAUCAAAAAAGAAGUCAGAUACAAUAUCAAGUAAACCAAUCAGACGGCCCUCUAGUGUUCUUAGAUUUUUCAAGUCAAAAAAGAGGAAGGGCACCACAACAGAAUAUGACAAAUUAAUUGAGAACGAAUCUAAGACUAAUCAAGAGAUCAAAUUAAGUGCUGCAGAUGAAGACCGGCUUCAUAAAAUGAUCAAAGCUUUUCAAGAGUGUGAUGAUGAGAGUUCCGGUUCAGGACCCUCUCAAAACGAGGAAGUUGAAUCUUGUCAAGAUGAAAAACCUAUUGGACGUGUUUGUGAUUCAAGUCGAGAAACUGGAGCGAACAAACCUGUCAAUGGAAAUGACAAACUGCGAGAACAAGAGUUCAAGAGGCUGAAAGAACAAAAACAUAUAGAACCAGUAGCACCAAGUGGAGAUAUCAAAGCACAAAAAAGUAACCGUAGCAUCAGAUCGAGUAACCUUCGAAACAACAAAUUCAACAGAGAUGCACGACAGUUGAAAGCUGAUGAUGGUGACUUGGCUGAAGAUCAAGAUGAUAAACGAAAAUCAGAAAAUGUAUCUUACAGGCUGAACGUACAAGAAUUAGAAAAACCGGUAGAAUCGAGUGAAAAUAAUCGUAGUAUCAGAUCAAAUAAUAUCCGAAACAACAAAUUCAACAGAGAUGCAAGACAGUUGAGAGUAGAUGAUAUUGAUGGUGACCUUGUUCGGACAGAAGAUGAUAAACGAAGAUCAGAACACAAAUCCAACAUGCUGAACGUACAAGAAUUAGAAAAAUCAGCAUCGAGUGAAAAUAUUCAAGUUCAGAAAAGUAACCGUAGCAUUAGAUCAAAUAACAUUCGAAACAACAAAUUCGACAGAGAUGCAAGACAGUUGAAAGUAUAUGAUGGCGUUCAGCAAGUUGACGAUGUCAGUGUCAAAAAAAGACAUCAGGACAUGAAAAUAUUCAAUAAACCAGAAACACCAAGUGAGAGGGUUGAACUUGAAGUGGGUCUCCAUCAAAAGCUGCCAGUGAAUGGUCUGGUCAAUUGGCCGGAACAAAAUGCCAAGGCUAACAAUGAGAGCGCAGGACAAAGUAUCAAUAAAAAAUCUUUAAAGACUGACCCACAAAAUCAUCCUUCCGUAAUGGACGAAAUGCAUGGUCGGUUAGAAUCAAAGAAAAUGAUCCAGGCAGAGCAGAAAAUGGCCGAUACCCUCGAAAACAAGUCCCGUGAACUUAGUGGACAGACACUGCUGACUACGGAUCAAACAAAUAAUCCGGUGAAACCGAAAAUCAGCAGCCAAGGACUAAACAGUCCUCUCGCGAACAUGCAGGCUCUCUUAGUGGAUGAAGCUCUCGCACGUAACAGUAAUGGCACUUUCAAACGGGAAAUCAAAGAGCCAGUCAAGGCACUAAAUGAUACCGUAAAAAAUGAAUAUGAAAAGAUCCCAAUGGAUGACAUGGAUACAAUAUAUAACGAACCAGCUGAAAUACAGAAAUGGCUUGCUCAUGGUAUUGAUCGCAACAAGGAAGAAAAACAAAACAUUACCGAAAUAAGUAAACUCGGUGAACUGGAUAGACAGAAAAUGGAGGCAGCGGGCCCAUCUGGGUCCACCAGACAAGUUGCUAUGGAUAGUUCCACUCUCCAUGCUCCCUCCUCGAUAGUCUUGGGACUUAAUACUUCUAGUUCUACCAAGCUAUCAGAAAUCAGUACAGCAAUACAUUUUAGCUUUGAAAAGGGGGAUGUGGAACAACAAAUGGAAUAUUAUGAUGAUGACACUGAAAAAGGACAAGGAACUAACUCUUCAAGGGAAUUGGAUCAUGCUGUCCAAAUUGGCGACCUUGACUCAGUGGCUUGGUCAGAUAACAGUGUGCCCAACAAAUCUGGAAAGAAAGCCCCCAAGACGAAAUCGAAGAAAAAAAAAGUGUCUGAAAGCCAAGAGACGAAAGCUACUGCUUCGAAAAAUAAAAUAACAUUGUAUCAGACUGUUGCCGUUGCGGGGGUGUUGCUUACUCUUGUUUUCGUCGCCUUCUUCACAAUUAAGUCUGACCUAGCGGAACAGGCGAUUAAAGAGCUUUCCAAAUUAAAGACAAAGGCCAUCGAGCAGAUUGAAUAUGCAGUUAAGGCCCUUGAUUUGGUGGAGGAAGGGGAAAGUAAAGAAGAAUUGGAAACGCUCAAGUUGAUUGAAAAUGAAAUACAUUCGAUGCACGGGGACAUAAUUGUAAGACCCAAAAUUGACUUACAAUAGAGUAACACAAGAGUGUUCUGAGCUCAGAUGAGAGAUGAAGAACUUACUGAUACUUACCUGGCACGCCAGUUCCAAUACAAUGCGCGGCGCUCUUUUCGAGCUUCUCGCAAAGUACGCAAUAGACUAGCAAGCUUGGUAAGCAAUAGACUAGCAAGCUAGGUAAGCAAUAGACUAGCAAGCUAGGUAGAGAACUUACUUGUUUGCCUGUAGAUCAAUCUUGCAAUGUAUACAUUUAUUAUAAUUUGUUACACAGUCCAAUUCAAUCCCAUUUCUCAUUGAAUAUUUGCCCUGGAAUAAGCUGGAUGACUAUAGAUUUGUACAGCUACAAUUGAGUUGUAGUAUUAAAUUCAUUUCAA